UUUUCUCCCCUCAGUCCCUCUCACUCUCAGCCUACAAGCUCCAGCGGACUGACGCGGGGCUCUGGAGAGACACAGACGAACAAUAAGACACACACAAAAACAAAAAAACAAGAGGCCCAAAAACAAAAAAAGAAAGGAAAAUGGCAGAGCUCGGAGCGGGAAGCCUGCCGUUAGGGGAUCCUGCCUUUAACUACCAGGAGCAGGAGCUGAGCGAGCGGCUGAAGCGGCUCUACCCGGCUGUAAACGAGGAAGAGACCCCUUUACCCCGGUCCUGGAGCCCCAAGGAUAAAUACAGCUACAUUGGGCUGUCACAGAACAACCUGCGGGUCCAUUACAAAGGCCAUGGAAAGAACCACAAGGACGCAGCAUCAGUGCGAGCCACACACCCAAUCCCUGCUGCCUGUGGGAUUUACUACUUUGAAGUCAAGAUUGUCAGCAAAGGUCGAGACGGGUACAUGGGCAUCGGCCUGUCUGCACAGGGAGUCAACAUGAACAGACUGCCUGGAUGGGACAAACACUCGUACGGUUACCACGGAGACGACGGCCACUCCUUCUGCUCCUCCGGAACCGGCCAACCGUACGGCCCGACGUUCACCACGGGCGACGUGAUUGGCUGCUGCGUCAACCUCAUCAACAACACAUGCUUUUACACCAAAAAUGGCAUCAGUUUAGGUGUAGCCUUCACAGACCUCCCUCCCAACCUUUACCCCACGGUGGGGCUUCAGACCCCCGGCGAGAUCGUAGACGCCAACUUCGGCCAGCAGCCGUUCGUCUUCGACAUCGAGGACUACAUGAGCGAGUGGCGGGCCAAGAUCCACGGCAUGAUCGCCCGCUUCCCCAUCGGCGAGAGGCUGGGCGAGUGGCAGGCCGUCCUGCAAAAUAUGGUGUCCAGCUACCUGGUGCAUCAUGGGUAUUGUGCCACUGCGACAGCCUUUGCCAGAGCCACAGAAACCAUGAUACAGGAGGACCAGACAUCUAUAAAGAACAGACAGAGAAUACAGAAGCUGGUGUUGGCAGGACGGGUGGGCGAAGCCAUAGAAGCUACUCAGCAGCUUUAUCCCGGCCUGUUAGAACGCAACCCCAACCUACUAUUCAUGUUGAAGUGUCGUCAGUUUGUGGAGAUGGUGAAUGGUACCGACAGCGAGGUUCGCUGUUUGACCAUUCGUUCCCCAAAGUCCCAGGACAGUUACCCCGGAUCCCCCAGCCUCAGCCCCCGCCACGGAGCCAGCAACACACACCUGCACACCGGAGGAGCCGACAGCCCCACCUGCAGUAACGGUGUGACUCCCACCAACAAGUCAAAGAGCCACGGCGGCGUCGGCGGCAGCAGCGUCAAAUACCCCAGUGCAUCCUCCUCCGCCUCCUCCUCCACCUCCUCCUCACCCUCCUCCAUCAACUACUCCGAGUCCAACUCCUCCGACUCCACCAAGAGCCAGCCGCACAGCGCCAACAGCACCCAGGAAACCAGUGACAGCGAGAUGGAAAUCGAAGCCGAGCACUACACAAACGGGGUUGUUGAGGGCUCCUCAGCGCGGAUCAUGAACGGGACGUACAAACACGAAGAGAUUCUCCAGCCGGACGACAACAGCAUCGGCAACGGAGUCACAGAUGAGGGCUGCAGUAACGGCAGACAGCUCUGUGGAGGGAACCAGGCGGCCACCGAGAGGAUGAUCCAGUUCGGACGAGAGCUGCAGGCGCUCAACGAACAGCUGUGCCGUGAGUACGGCAAGAACGCCACGCACAAGAAGAUGCUACAGGAUGCAUUCAGCCUGCUAGCGUACUCAGACCCCUGGAACUGCCCCGUGGGGCAACAGUUAGACCCCACGCAGAGGGAAUCUCUCUGCUCCGCACUCAACAGCGCCAUACUGGAGUCCCAAAAUCUGCCUAAACAGCCUCCGCUGAUGUUAGCGCUCGGCCAGGCCACAGAGUGUGUUCAGCUCAUGGCCCGAGUCCGGUCCGGUUCCUGCUCCUUCGCCAGAGUAGACAACUUUUUGCACUAGCCCAGGUCCAGGUUAAUGUUAAGUAGCACUGAGAAGAAGGCGUGUCCGGCAGGUGGUUGUCACGGCGAUGGAGGGGGAAAGAGCAUGCGUGUGAUUGGUGCGUUUUGGCUGUCCGUUGAGACCGAAGCCGGCGGCACAGGCAAGAGAGGAGAAGGCUUCCUUUUUAAUUUAGUAUUAUCAAAUAAAGAAAUGUGUGACACUAUUUAAAGAUAAUUAAUUAUUAUUCUGUUUAUCUAGCCUUUUUUUGUUUUUUUUUAGUUUUUUUUGUCAGUUUGUUGUGCUCAUCCUGGACAAAAUGAAAAAAAAAACAGUUGUAAUUUUCCCCACUUUUUUUUAUAUUUCAUUCUUUCUUCUGUUUUUAAAAGGGUGGAUUUUGAUUCCCUACGAUCAGUAUUGUUGUUCUUGCUCACCAUAUCACAGACCACAACACCCACAAGCUGGUUUCCACGGCGACCCUCACAUCUGUAGGAAAACCUUGAGUAUAUUACAUCGUUUUUAAUAGACACACUUGGAAAUAAAAGACACCUCUAUGUAGAAAUAACAACUUUUUUCUGAGCCCUUGGCAAUAUUUUUAAGAACAGAAUAGCCAAAUAAUUGAAUACAUCCUGGGAAAAAAAAUGUAAAAAAAACACAAUGAAAGCCUCUAGCUGCCACUAACCAGGAGAAAAGGUGAUGACGAGGGGUUUAAAUUGGAAUAUUAGAGGUGUUGAAGCUUUAAUUUUUACUGUAACAGCCACGGCGUCGACCAAUCAGUGAUGUGGAUGCAGGCAGCACCUACAGCAGCCUCCUCCAGGACCGAGUGUAACUCCAUCACCAUGGUCACCUCCAUGCCAGCGUGGAGGGAAUCAGUAUCAAAGGCAGACUAACAAGCACAGUGUGUGAAAAGUCAAGUCACCUCGAGGGAUUUCAUUACUGCAGUCUUUACUCUUUUUUUCCCCCUCUACAUCCCCCCUUCAGCCUAAACCUGCUGUGUGCUGCUGCAGUUCUAAUUUUACAUUAAAAGCUAAACCCAUUUCCCCCCAAACAGGAAGGUUUUUAAUUUUAUGGUGCACGUUGUGAUAAUUAAAUGACAGUUUUUCUUUCAUUUUUUGAUUUCAGACUAUGUAGUUCUGAUUGUUGGGUUCACACUGAGCCCUCCAUCUUUGGAAAACAUGGAGAACUUUUACCCAGAAUGCUUUACAAAAUCUGUACGUGAUGGAAAGAAAACAAAGGUGUUUUGAUUGUUCAGAUUAGCUGCUGGCCAUGAUGAGAUUUAAACUCAUUGCUUUUCUCCAUUGAUUCCUGUUGAGGAGUCAGAUCAGUUGUAGCAAACCUACCAAAUACCACUUUGUUCGGAAAAUAAAUAAGACUUUAUGAAAUAAAUAACCACAAGGCGUUGGUUUUGUAAAAUAUUUAAUGGAACUGUAAAAUAAUAAAUUUUGCACAACUCUAGUGUGUGUUCACAGGCCGACACAUUGUCAGCAUUCUUUAGCCACUUCGCUCUCAGUAGCCAAUUAGAAACCAGCUAACAACAGCUAGUUUCAUAACAACUAGCUUGCUAGUGCUAACUUGCUCGCUAGUAAUGAGUAAGUUAGCUUGAGUAAGUAAGUUUACAAGCCACUGUCCAUAAGCUGGACAGGUUUGAAAAUCGCCACCAAACUCACCAGCUCUGUUUACUAGCUAGCACUAUUAGCUAUUAAGUUAGAAAAUAGCUAUCAGGCUAAGUAGGUCUAACUUACUAUCUACUAGCCAGAACCACUAAGGGGCCCAGACUAGACCUUACUUCACAGUGUCUGCUCAAAAGCUGCUAAUUAGUAUGUUUGAAACUAGCUAACAACAGCUAGUUUCGUAACUAGGUUACUCAAGCUAACUUGCUCACUAUUAGCGAGUAAGUCAGCUUGAGUAAGCAAGUUUACAAGCUACUAUCCAUAAGCUGCUACUUAACAAAUUUGAAAAUCACCACCAAUCUCACCGUCUGUUUACUAGCUAGCACUAUUAGCUGUUCGGUUAGAAAAAAUGUACUAAGUGCUAAGUACGUCCAACUUACUAGCUGCUAGGGGCCCAGACUAGACUUUACUUAACAAUGUCAGUUCAAAAGCUGCUAGUCCGUCUGAAACUAGCUAACACUCUAACUUGUUCUCAUUUGCUAGCUUGUACUAUAAGCUAGUAAGUAAAUAAUAGCUAACAGGCUAACUAGGGCUAACCUACUAGCCAGAGCUACAUGAGGGGCACAGACUGGAGCUUACUUCACUCUGUCUGCUCAUUAGCUGCUAGUUAGUAAGUCUGAAACUAGCUAACACCCUAACUUGCUCUUAUUUACUAGCUAGCACUGCCACUUAAUAAGUUGGAAACUAUGUCGUGCUCAAUUGUUCCUACAAGCUACUAGCUGGAGCUACAUGAAGUGUUAACUUUAUCCUGUAUGUUCAUAAGAUGCUAGCUGCAAAGUUGGAACCUAGCUAAUAAGAACUAGCUUACUAGCAUGUAAGUGGCUAACAAGCUAAUUAGCACUACUCUUCUUGCUGUCAGCUAGACAGUAGCAUUAAUUAAUAUUUUUAAUUAGCAUUAAAAAGUAAGCCUAGUAGCUAGUGAGUUUACACAUUAGCAUACACGUUUGCUAGAUCUACCUUACAAGCUGCUAGGUAGAGCUACAUGAGGGGCUAACUUGACUCUUUCUGUUCAUUAGCUGCUAGUAAGUUUAAAGCUAACUAGCCAACUCACUAGCAAGCCCGACUUGCUAAUAAAUAAGAUCACCACUGACAAGGCAGAUACUUUUGAAUCAACCAAUACUUUUUUUGCACCUUAUAAACACACUGCUCAGUAGCUAAUCCUUUUCAUUCUUUUUAAGAAGGUAACAAAUGCUAUCUGCCUAGCCAGUUAACUAGCUAAGCUUAUUUGUGAGCUGUUCACUAGCUAGUUGGUUAAUUCAGCAUUUCUCCAGGUGUGUUGUUGCUCUAAAAAUGUCCAUCAAAACUGAAACUGAAAUUAGAAAGCACAGCCGCUUUCUUUAGUCAACAGGAGCGAAAUUAGCAUUAGCUAGCUAGUUGGCAAUUAGCAGGCUUGAGAUGAGUUUGGAUAUUUUACAGUUUAUUGGCUUCUGUAUAUUUUUCUGUAACCCCACAUAUUGUGAAAUGAUUUACUUCAUAAAGUCUUAUUUAUUUAAAAUAAGACACGUUGGCUCCACUUUUAGAAGCUCAGAUCUCAUUUUAUCAUUUUAUUUUAACCCUACUUUAAAACCUUUUUUAGUGUCUGUGUAUCUUAACAAAAACAGAACUCCCACUCUAACUCGACUGCACCCUUUCCUUGCAUAUUAUUGAGUUUUGAUGACAAACUUGCUUCGAUCUGUAAACAUUUAAAAUACUCGAGAAGACUUCGUUUCUACCAAAUGGCUGGAUGUUGUGUGACAAACCGUUGCUCCGUCUGCUUUGUUGUCACCUGGCACGUGGCUUGUGGAUCCACCCUGAAGUGUAUAUUUCUAUUAAUAAGAGAAUUUCAGUCCUAAUAGGGGCUCGUAUAAUAUUGGCGAUGUGUGUUUGCAGUGUGGGGUUUCCUGCAGGGUAUGUGGUCAAACUUUUUACCUGUCUGGGGUUUUUUUUAUAAUAAACACCUUCUGGUAUACUAGGAGCUAUUCUAAUAACGACACAAACACACAGAGACACACUGACAACAUCAGCCGUAAAGGACUUCUGUUACACAACAAUGUGUUACACACCUGUAGGGAACAAGUCUCCCAGCUGCCCUUUGUGUUUGAGCCUGGGCUUCGUCUCAGCGCACCUUUUCCUCUGAAUCCCUGCAUAGACGUAGCCACUGAUGUGAUCAGUGAUCGUUUUAAGGAAAAGAGGGAUGUUGUGAAAAUGGGCCCGAGGCCUCCGAAGCAACAUGGACUUCACCCCCAAGAGGCCACAGAUUUAGGCGUCGCAGAUAAGCUGUGCACAAUUGACUUCUAUCAUGACUUUAAUUUCAUAUUUUGAUUUUUGAGUUUUAGCAAAAAAGAAAAAUGUAAAAAAAUAAAUUGUGAAAUGAGUUACCCUCUACUUAGCAUGACUUUUAAAACCUGUAAAAUGAUAUAAAAAAGGAAAAAUGAUAAUUGAAAAAAAAAACUAUCUACUGGAAACGUUAAAAAAAAUUGUAUUCUGUUUAAUUUUGACAGAAUUAUUUUUAUUAAAAUACAUCCAUAAGCAUA